GUAGGAUAAACAUUGGUUCCCUAUGGAAACAAAAUAAACUGUUGUCAUCUGUAAUUUUUGGGUUUUGAUUUAAUUUGAUAUUAUUUGAUGUUACACGAUUUAUUUUGGUUUAGAGUUUUUUAAAUAACUUCAAAAUGAGCAGUUUCUUAUCAGAGCUGGAGCAGGAUCCAUUUGAUCCAAAAGAGUUUGUUGAGAGACUGGCAUGGAGAGCCACAAAGGAAUCAAGCACAUUUGACUCUCAGACUUUGUUCGAAGAUUUUGAAGCUCGCAUCAGAGAGCUCAAAGAUAUGUAUGAAACUCAUGAGAAAAAAUGUGAACGGCUGGAGAUGGUUUGUAAAGAAGUGGAAAAAAGACAUUGGGUUAAAGUUGCUGAGCUUCAGAAAAAGUGUAAACAUUGCUUCUAUUGUUUCCAAGAGUUGGAUGAAAAAUUGGAUACAGUUGCAGCCAAAGUUGUCUAUUUGGGUGAUCAACUGGAAGGUGUAAAUACACCUAGAGCUCGAGCUGUGGAGGCACAAAAUUUAAUGAAAGAGUUCACGACAUUUUUCAAAGAUGACGCUGACAAUCGCAUGAAUAGUGAAAUUGAUCCUUCUCAGCUAUUUGAAAAAGCCGAUGUAAUAGAAAAAUUGUACAAAAUUUCACAAAAAUUGCCCAAUGGUGGUAAAUUUGAUGGAGCUAAAAAGCGGAUAGAGGCAAAAUAUUACCAAAUUGAAAAGGAUUUGAUUGAGGAAUUCUUCCAGGCCCAAGUAAAAGACAAUAGAGCUCGGAUGAAAGAGAUUGCUUCGAUUCUAUCUCAAUUCAAGGGUUAUAAUGAGUGUAAAGAUGCAUUCAUUGAGAAAAGUCAAGUUGGAAUUUUUCUUGGUGUUGGUAUUUUCAAUGAUAUUGUACCUUUAUGUGAAAAAUCACAACUUAUUAUCCAAGAAGUAUUUGCUGAUCCUGAUAGAGUGAUGGCAAAAUUUGUCCUCAAUAUUUAUCGAGGCAAACUUCAAGAGUAUAUUCAUAAUAGAUUGAACAAUGACAAAGAUAUUCCCGAAGAGUUUCUCACUACUUUACAUGACCUUUAUUCAAAAACAGUUAAACUCUCUCAACAACUUGCCUCUUCCAAAAUAAUGGGUGUUGAUCUUGACUUUCUCAAUACACUGACGCGAACCAUUUUUGAUUCUUACCUGACUGCCUAUAUAGACACUGAAUUGAAAACGCUGAAAAACAAAUGCGAGCUAAUAUUGCAGCGAUUUUAUGAUUCUAAAAAUCAUCAGAAAAAGCCAAUACCUGUUGGAAGUAUUCAAGAAUUGAAAAGAGAUUUACAGGCUAAAAUUGGUCGUGCCAAUCUUAAUUUAGGCUCAAUAUCUGGAGGCAUUAAUCAAGAUUAUGGAAAUGAAACGUUGCUAUCUGAAGAGGUUGCCAUAAAUCUUUUACAAGAAACCAAAUUGGCCCUUAAAAGAUGCCAGACUCUAUCCAAUCCUUCCAACGCUGCCAAUAAUGCCACACAAAUCUUUGAAAUGCAACUAAAUUAUCUGUGCAUUGAACAUAUUGAUUAUGCUUUGGAAAUGGGUCUUAAUGCUAUACCAACUUCGGAACCCAAAAGUCAACCUGAGCUUCAUUAUUUUGAAAUCGCUCGACAGUGCAAUGCCAUUUGCCACCUAUUAGAGAAACAGCUGGUUGAUAGUCUCAUUCCUCUGGUCAUGUCAACGCCCAAGCACGGUGAAUGUAUCAAAAGAAAACGUGAAGUUCUGGAAGGAUUGGAGGUUAAAAUUAAUAAUGGAUUGGAACGUUCAAUAACUGCCAUAAUAUCAUGGAUUAAAAUUAUUCUCAACACAGAGCAAAAGAAGACAGACUUUAAACCCGAAACGGAAGAUAUUGAAAUGAUGCAGACUCCGACUUGCGUUAAAGUUGUUCGAUUUUUGAACCUGUGUAUUAACAAAUCUAGAGAUUGUUUUGAUGGUAAAAAUGUUGAAGCUUUAAUGCUCGAAUUUGGUACAAGAUUCCAUAGAAUAGUUUAUGAGCAUCUCAUGCAGUUUCAAUACACUUCCUUAGGAGCCAUGAUUGCUAUCUGUGAUGUCAAUGAAUAUCGUCGAUGUGCAUCCGCUUUUAGAGUGCCUUUAGUGAAUCAACUUUUUGAUACUCUUCACGCUCUUUGUAAUUUACUGGUAGUCGCUCCUGAAAAUCUUAAACAAGUAUGCAAUGGAGAAACAUUGUCUGGUCUGGAAAAAUCAGUUCUCAUUAACUUUGUAGCUCUUCGGGCGGACUAUAAAUCAGCAAAGCUGAUAAAUCAAUUCAAAUGAAAUUAUCACCAUCUCAAUUUAAUACAUUAAUUUAUAUCAUGUUUUUGGACAUUUUUUUAAAUUUAGCAAUCAUGUUAUCGAAUCAGUUGUUGCUGUAAAAAUAAUAAAGUAUAUAUUAGUAUGUAUC